AUGAAUCCCCCCAAGAAUGUGAAGCGUAGACGGGCUACCACAAACCCCAUCGAGCGAGUAAACCGAAAGGACGACUUGGACUUCGUUAAAGAGCAUCUCACGCCAACGUGGAAUGAAUGGACCAACCCAAAAACGCAACAGAAAUAUUCCAUCAGCCUCACACUAUCUGGAAAACUGACUUCUGAGGACCUCGAUGCUUGUUUCAAGCUCGUUGAGGAAACUAGUCGGUCCGACUAUGAAACUUCGUCGGCCGGAUGGAAACCAGGCAAAAAGCUCGCCGAGAUGAAGUCUCCUGAGCUAAGAUAUAUUAUCAUCAAGGACACAACCGGAAGCGUGCGUGGUUUCAUCUCUUUGAUGCCCACGUACGAAGAAGGCGAGCCUGUUGUAUAUUGUUACGAAAUCCACCUACAGCCAGAACUACGAGGGACUGGCUUAGGCAAAUUGCUCAUGGGGUUUCUAGAGGAUAUCGCGACGAAUACGCCACCCAUCAAUAAGGUGAUGCUCACUUGCUUUUUGAGUAAUGAGCGUGCUCUUAGCUUCUACAAGAAUUUGGGCUUUGAGAAGGACGAGAUUUCGCCUGAGCCGAGAAAGUUGCGGUUCGGUAAAGAGUUUGUCCCUGACUACAUUAUUAUGAGCAAAGUGGUAAGCAAUCGCCAGAGCGUAGUAGGUUAG